CGCCUUCGUCAUUUAACAAGCUUAAAGUUUGUUUUGUGUUAUAUUUUCAUUAAAUUUACAGACUUUUAAAAUAAUUUAACGAUGCAAGCUUUUCUAAAAACUGGCAAAAUUUCAAGUGCAGAUAAACCGUCUUCAUCGGGAGUCAAAUCAGUGAAAAAAAAACCUCCUGCACCAUGGGUUGAAAAAUACCGGCCAAAAACAAUAGACGAUAUUGUUGACCAAGGAGAGGUAGUACAAGUUCUUCGUGAGUGUUUGGCGGGUGGAGAUCUGCCCCACUUGUUGUUUUAUGGUCCGCCCGGAACAGGCAAAACGAGUGCAAUUCUCGCAGCUGCGCGUCAGCUGUUCGGGGAUAUUACUCGUGAUCGCGUCCUUGAACUUAACGCGUCAGAUGAACGCGGUAUACAAGUGAUACGAGAUAAAGUAAAAUCAUUUUCUCAACUUACAGUCAGCAGUACAAGGCCUGAUGGCAGACCAUGCCCUCCAUACAAACUCGUGAUAUUAGAUGAAGCAGACUCUAUGACAACAGCAGCUCAGGCAGCAUUGCGUCGAACUAUGGAAAGAGAAACACGCACAACUCGUUUUUGUCUCAUUUGCAACUAUGUCUCUAGAAUCAUACCACCAAUUACAAGUCGAUGUUCUAAAUUUCGAUUUAAACCACUUUCAAGAGAAAAUGUUAUAAAAAGACUGCGAGAUGUAUGUGAAGCAGAAGGCGUAGAUGUAGGCAAUGGUGAGAUCUUACACGAAGCCGUAGACACAUGUGAGGGUGACCUGCGUCGUGCCCUCACAGCUUUACAGUGCUGCCAGCGCUUAAUUGGAAAAAUUACUUCUGAUGGAUUAAUUGAGGUAACAGGUCUUGUACCUAAGAAACUGACGGAUGAGUACCUUGGCAUCAAAAAUUACAGCGAAUUAGAGGUGUUCGUUGAAAAUUUCCUCAUGGAAGCAUAUUCAGCGUCGCAACUUUUGGAACAACUCAGCGCUACCGUGGUGCAGGCUGGUCACCUCACCAACAAACAGAAAUGUGUUAUAAGUGAAAAAGUAGCGGUGUGCUCGUAUCGGCUGAUGGAUGGCGGCGCUGAAGUCAUGCAACUGACUGAUUUAGGCUGCACGAUAAUUAUGGCAAAUAAUGAUCCAUAAUUAAUGGACUUUUUGACUUUAUUAAAAUGUUUACUUUCAAGUGUGAAAUUAUGUUUAUUAAAUAAGUCAAAUACUUUUUAUAAUCAGGAAUUCAUUCAA